UCUGCCAAAGGAGACUAGGGGAUUUUGGAGGUUUCAAAUGUGAUAUCCAUUGUAAGCUGUUACAGUUUUUUUGCUGUGAAUUUUUGAAAUCAACCCGAAGAGGAUUUGAAUUAAUUUUUAUUACUGUAUCAGAAUGUCAUGCAUCAAGUUGCUAAGCUUUGCAGCUUGAGAGCAUUUUGCUUAAUAUUUUGAUUGUGGCCAAAAUUUUUCCUGUCCAGAAUGAAGCGCAGCACCAAACAUAAGGUUAUCCUCUGAGAACUGUUGAAAGUUCGCAUUUUGUGCUUUUUAAACCCCGACGCCACAAUGGAGAGUGUUAAGGAAAACCCUACGUUAUCCAGUAGCGAUAUGUUCUUCGCGGAGAGCGGAAGAAACUCAGGAACCGAAGAAGAAGUUCUGGCAGACUGCGAAAUUCUCGAAGAAGACUUCGCAUCUUCGCGCAAUUCGUCUGAUCAUUCUCUUUUGUGUGAUUCUUCAUCUUGCACAUCUGAAGUGAAUGGAGACGAUACAAGUCAAAUGGAAUCAUUUUACGCUUCGGAAAACUUGUCAAAUGGUCACACGGAACCGUUCUCCAUGAGUCCUUCUUUUCGUGAGCUGGACGCACUUUUAGGCGAAACACCUGCAGACCUUCCGGAUCCCCCUUUGAAGAAAAUUGAGGAUUUCGUAUCAAAAUCACUGGCCAAAAAGAUGUCAGCCAGGCGCAAUAUUCGCAACGUGAAAUCUCUGAAAGAACUCAAUCCAGAAACGCGAAAAGCGAUGGAGGAGGAGAAUGCCAAAAUUAGCGCAAUGGAAUUAGGCCAGAAAGAGGCUGUAGUAGAUCUGGAGAAUGAGAGCGAUGACAUUGAGAUAGUGGAAGUACGCAACGAAAACCGCUCCACGGGGUCGGGAUUGAGGUCGGAGAAUUCGGCUGCCCGCUCGAACGGGGAUGUCGUAUGUAUGGGUAGCUAUGGUGCUUAUCCGUCCAUCUCGUCCUUCCAUUGCGAUGAUGCGGCCAACAUUCCCGACGAGAACGGCCAGAUUCUGAUUAAUGUUAACCGGAUGAAGAGAGAGCCUUGCAUUUAUGUGGCUGACCAGCUGGUCCCGCAUUUGCGUCCUCAUCAGAUUGGCGGUAUUCGAUUUAUGUACGCUACAUUAAUCGAAAGCAUCAGCAAAUUCACUAACAGCCCUGGGAAUGGGGCUGUUUUGGCGCAUAGCAUGGGCUUGGGGAAGACGCUGCAAGUAAUAACAUUCUUGGACGCCAUUUUUCGGGAUACACCGGUCAAGUCGGUCCUGAUCGUGGCGCCACUGAAUACUAUGGCGCAUUGGAUGGCAGAAUUCGCCAAAUGGGUUCCCCCGGAAAGUCGCCAUGAGAGAAUGAAAGUAAUAUGCAUUCGCGAUCAGAAAGCAGCUGUGCGCAGCGCCCUAAUUGAAGGCUGGUCGGAAGAAGGUGGUGUGCUUCUAAUGGGUUAUGAGAAACUCCGAUCUAUCGUCGAACAGAAAGGCGGUAAAACGGGUGGAGAAAAGGGGAAGAAAAGGAACAGAGACCAUGUGGACGAUGAUAGUCUGUUAGUUAAUGGUGCUUCCUCAGCGGCGCCCAGUACCGAAGAAGAUAUUGAUUUGGGAGGCCAAGUGAUGCAGAAAUGCGAGAUCAUUAUUUGCGAUGAAGGUCACCGCAUCAAAAGCGCUGGUGCAGCCAUAACGAAAAUCCUGAAGAAAGUUAAGACAAAAAGACGAUUGAUAUUGACGGGAUAUCCUUUGCAAAACAAUCUCAUGGAAUAUUGGUGCAUGAUCGAUUUUGUGAGGCCAUUUCUACUGGGAAAUGAGUCGGAAUUCGGAAAUCUGUUCAAGAAUCCCAUCGAAAAUGGACAGUGUGCUGACAGCAGUGAUGCGGAUCGUCGACUAAUGCGUUAUCGAACCUAUAUUCUUCAGCGCACUCUAAGUCGCAUUGUACAGCGAAGGGAUUCAAGACCAUUGAUUGCUGAACUACCAAAAAAGCGUGAAUUUGCGUUAAUUUUCCGACAGACACCGGCUCAAACGAGCCUAUACAAAAGUGUCUUUGAAGAAUUAAUCGAGCACGGGGAAUCUCUGAAUGCAGUUGCGUUGUAUGCAACGUUUCGCAGUAUCACGCAGCAUCCAGCGAUCUUUUUUGCGCAUGUAAAAAAGCUGGUGAACUCAGCGGUCGAAACAUCCGGCCAGAUUGAGGUCAUGGGCCCAAUUAGACAGUUUCUCGUGAACAUGGUGCAGGAAGGUAAAUGGGAGCGAUUCCUGACGAAUUACGAUACCUUCAAACACGAGGAGAUUUUAAGUGGGAAAAUACUUUUUCUGAAAAUUUUAAUAUCCGAAGCCGUGGUUAAGCGGAAGGAAAAGAUCAUCGUUUUUUCUCAGUCCAUUGAUGUGCUGGAUUAUUUGCAAGAGUAUUUGCCUGCUCUACUGCCGGCGCGUGAUGAAAAACAGGACAGUUUUCCUGUUUGUUUUCGCAUCGACGGCUCCACUUCCAGUCACGAACGGGAGCGUAUGAUCAAUUUGUUCAAUGAUGAGAACGAUCCCACUCAGAUAUUUCUGAUCUCAACGGAUGCAGGAGGAAUUGGUAUUAACUUGACGGGAGGGAACCGGGUAGUGAUUUUGGAUGUGUCAUGGAAUCCCAGCAAAGACAUUCAGGCAAUCAGUCGAAUCUAUCGAUAUGGACAAAACAAGAUUUCCACUGUAUACCGCUUGGUGGGGGAUGGCUCAAUGGAGCGAUGCGUUUUUGAUCGACAAAUUCAUAAGCAGUUCCUGUUCAAAAGAGUUGUCGAUGAUAAGAGUCCCAUGUUAGCUAUCAACCAAGCCGAUCUGGGUAGCCUUUUCCGGAUCAAUGACGUAGUCGGGCCCGAAGUCUGGCAUAAGAUAUGCCGUUCCCCGUUUCCCGAUGAAGCGAAGGAGGAUGACAUUCUCAGUGCGCUGGACACCAGUGACAUGUUCCGUCAGUAUCUUGCCGAAGCCCCGAUGGUCAUGGAUUCCAUCCUGGAAGCUGAUGACUCUGCACAACUAUCUGAUCUCGAGCGCCGUGAAGCUGAAGCCAAUUUCCUGCGGGAAAAACGGCCAGGAGAUUCUUUGUCCGCCAGCCGCAGACCUUAUCAUCCUAUUAGCAAUAUUCGGCAAUUUUAUCCAUCUCCGCAGUUUUCUGGGGGAGCGGGAAUGUAUCGUGCGCACAUGCCCUUGCCCCAUGGGAGUAUGGGAAUGACACAGUUUCCGGGACUGCGACCGGCUCCUCCCAAAGCCCAGCACAUUCCUUUGGAGCAGGCGGUACUGGAUAGUGCAUUAGUAAAAGAAAUCCGUGAACGGGUGGCUAAGCGAGAGGAUUUUUGCGAUCUCAUUCAGCGCUACGCGCAACCCCUUCAAGGCCGCGUGAUUCGGCACACAAUUCCCGACCCACAAGGAAAUCCUUCCAUUGUUUAUUCACUGCAUGCACCGGGUGUCGCUGCCUACACGGUUUUCAGAAUGGAUGGCAUGGCAUACAGAAUGAUCAAUAAUAGCAUGAUGAUGCCAUCACACCCACCACCGCAGCCGAUGGCCAGUUCGAGCCGAUCAGUUCCGGCGGCUGACCCUGAUCCCAAUGUGCCGACUCAAUCUGAGUAACAUUUCCGGCUUGGGGGAUUUUUCUUUGUAUAUAUUUUUUGUUGUAAUUUUUGAGAUUAUGCUAACCGUUGUUAACCCUGUGGAUUGUGCCGUUGAGUUUUAAUAAUUUUACCCUUUGUUACCCAUUGCUCCGGUAUGUUGUUUUUAUUUUUCGGUGUUAACCCUGUACGUAUGCAAUUCGCUUGAUCUAUUUUGAAGACCGGCGGUCUCUGAUGUUAUUUGUCGAGGAAGGGAAAACGUUAUUACGUCCAUUGUACAUGUCUUUCGACAAAUAAACAACUGGUUUUAUGACAGUUUCCGGAAGUGGCGUGGCGUGGUUUCUGCAAAA